AUGAACGGCGGUACUAAAGACUUCGCAACUGUUAUUGGGAAUAGAGUUCAUGCCGAAAAGGCUGAGCUAUUAAUGGUAUUCAAAGUGCACUACAUCAGUAAAUCACUUUUGCUGGCCAGAGCUGUCCAGAGCUGUCCAGCACUGGACAGAUUCCUUAGGACUACCAGCUCACAAAGCGGUCUACUGAUUAAAUCACUUUUGCUGGCCAGAGCUGUCCAGAGCUGUCCAGCACUGGACAGAUUCCCUAGGACUGCCAGCACACAAAGGCCUCCUCUGUUGCUAGUACAAGAAAUCCCCCCCCCCCUGUCCAUCCCCCAACCCUCCCCCAAUGCUGUGUCAUCCAAGCCCAAGCAGAGGGCUUCUGGGGGUGAAACUAUUUACUGGGAGAGGUAUACCCACCUUACCAGAGAGCUACUGACUUGGCUAUGGGAAAAUCCAGCAGAUCAUGCCAUCCUAUUCAACAAGAGGAGAGAUCAGAGUGCCCUGGGGAAUGCAAGGCCCCAUGCCCAUUGCAAAAAAGCGAUCAAUGCUGUUAUUGCUCAAGUGAUCUUCUCUAAAGAUCUUGUAUAUGGGGCAGUUUAUGUGACCCAGACUGAGAGGUUUGCUUCAGUGGUUGGUAGCCACCUGGCAAGCUUGAAGGCCAAAUAUUGGCAACAAGCAUCAAGGUUUGAGUCCACCAGUGAAGGCAUUGAUCCUAACAAUCCAGCUUAUUCCAACCUUCUGGAGGAAGUUGUUGUUGCAGAGUUCCCAUUCUGGGAGGAAUGCAAUCACAUGUGGCAUGGGAACCCUACUUAUGAUGCAAGAUUAUUCAAUCCAGCUCCUGGCACAAACAAGACAGGCGACUUUCUUUCCAUCAUGAAUCAGGGUGGUACUACUGUGACUGUGACUCCUAGUGGCUCUACUGCAACCACAACUGUGACUCCUACAGUUGCUGGUGUGCAAGUCCAACAACUGACCAACCAGAACAAUACAAUGGCAGGGGGCAAUCUGGAGGUCGAACCUUUUGGGAGUUUUACACUAAUCAACCCUCAGGGUGAGGGCACAAGUAUCAAUGACUUUUCUAUGGGUGGGAUGGAGCAGGGGGAGCCUGUUGAUUCUACCCAUACAAUAUUGCCAUUCAACAAGCCUGGCCAUCAAACACUGUCAUGGGACAACUGUUCAGCAUUCCAGAUGUCUCCAUAUGCCAGAUCCCCCCCCUCUGUUAUCUCUACAUCUACAAUGACCUCUGCUGUCAGUGAUGGUGCUAGCCAGCACCAGGUGGAAAGCUCUGAGACCUCUCAAACAAAGGGGAAAAACAUGCUUACUCAGCUCAAGGUGGAUUUCAAUGAGCAGCUUGGUGAGUUAAAUGGAAAUUCCUUGGAUCAGUGGUGCCAGUUAGCUGUGCUCAAGACUGAAUGCAAAGUGGUCAAGACCCAGGCUUAUAUGCAUGACAAGGAGAUAGCUCAUUUGGAAGCAGAGGGUGAGAAGGAGCACAGGGAGGCUCAGAAGAUCCACAAGCAUUUCAUGGAGAGAAAAAAGUUAGACAUACAAUACCUCAAGGAGGAAGGGGAGAAUCUCCAUCUCAGAGUCCAACUGGCAAUGCUCCAAGCUCAACCAACCUCAUCUUUGGACCCCAAGUCCCAAGUUUUCAAUGGCACCUCAUCCACCACCACCACUGUGCCAUCUCUUUAUCCCACCUUGCCUUUCACUGCCUUUGAUGAUCUCAUUGCAGAUGCCUGA